AUGCAUUCUCAGGGAAUAAUGCAUAGGCAUUUGAAGCCAGAAAAUAUUAUGUUUAAAUAACCUGAUUAAUUAUAAUCCUUAAAAAUAGUAGAUUUUGGUUUAGCCACUCUAUAAAAUUUAGAUAUAUAUCUAUUUCCUAGAUGUGGUACACUUGGAUAUGUGGCACCAGAAAUUGCUAAUUUAGGAGAAACAUUUUAAAAAUAUUCUGUACUUUGUGAUGAAUUUAGUGUAGGCUGCAUUUUUUAUAAACUGUAUUUUUUUUAUAAUUUGAAGAUGUACAGGAAAAGAAAUCUUUCCUGGAAAUGAUAACUCAGUAAUUAUGAAAUUAAAUUAAUAAUGUGACAUUAUUUUAGAUGCGCUAAACACAGAUCAAACACCAUCAGAAGCUAUUGAUUUAUUAUCAAAAUUACUUAAAGUAAACCCAUAAGAAAGAAUUAGUGCCAAAGAUGCAUUAUAACAUCCAUAUUUCUAAUAAUAAUACUAAGCUUAAAAUCCUUAAUUCUCUAAUAUUUCACAAUAAAACUCUGAGCUUUAAGCUUAAAAUUAAAAUUAAAAAAUAAUUAAUAUUGGUUAAUAAAAUUUUGAAGCAGUAAUUAUUGAAAACUAAAAUGCAAAAUAAUUAAGCAUACCUGCUCCAACAAUUAUAAAAUAAUUUAAAUAUUAAUAAAACAAUUCUUUUUCAACUUAAAAUCCUCAAAAUAUAGAAAUAUAAACUUAUUAUAGUCCCAAGAAUCCGAUCAGAACAACGAGAUAACUUUUUCGAGAUUUAAUAAUGUUUAACCAUCUUUAGUCAAAUAUACAGAUAUAUAGAACAAUGUGA